GAACCUGCUAACCUUGGGCUGGUGUUGACCACCACCCCGUGCGAACCGUCUACGAUUGCCUUAGCUAAUCAUGAAUGUAACCCCACCUCAGGCGAGGACAUGCCGCUCAAGCUGCGCCACGCGGACGGCUCCGUCGCUGACCUGGGCACAACCGGCGUGCUCCGCUUCGACACGGCUGAGGCUGUGUUCACCUUUGUGGAGGUGCCCUCUGAGCCCGUGCCCUCCCUGCUGCGCGGCUUCUCGGCGCCCGUCAAGAUGGAGGUGUCGGGCCAGAGCGACGAGCACCUCUACUUCCUGCUUGCCCACGACUCCGACCCCUUCAACCGGUGGGAGGCGGGCCAGCGCCUGUCGCGCAAGCUGCUGCUGCAGCUCUACUCGGCGGCGGCGGCGGGCGGCGCGGCACACGGCGACAAGGCUGUGGCUGAGCGCUGCGGUGCGGCGGGCGGUGUGCCGGAGGCCCUGGUGGCGGCGUUCAAGGCCUUGCUCACAGACGAGGACCUGGAUGGCAGCUUCAAGGCGAUGGCCAUCUCACUGCCCACCAGUAACGAGCUGCUGGACGCCAUCAGCGGCGGCGCCGACCCCACCCUGCUGUACGCCGUGCGCAUGUACGUCGUACGGCAGCUGGCGGCGGCGCUGCGGCCGGAGCUGGAGGCGGCGGUAAAGGCCAAUGACGACCCCGCCGGCACGCCCUACGCCUUCACCGCCGCCGCCUGCGCCCGCCGCGCGCUCAAGAACCGGGCGCUGGCGCUGCUGUCCACCCUGGAGGACCCGACCAUCACCGCAAUGCUGCUGCGCCGCUUCAAGGAGGCGAGCAACAUGACGGAUGAGAUCUCGGCCCUUGGCAGCCUGGUGGAGCUGUCGGGUCCGGAGCGCGAGACGGCGCUGGCGGCCUUCUACGACAAGUUCAAGGACGAGCCGCUGGUGCUGCUCAAGUGGCUGGGGCUGCAGGUGGCUGCCCGCAUGGUGUCGGCCUUCACCACUUGGCGCCAGUACGACGCCUCCCGCCAGGCGCUCAUGCGGGCGCAGCUGGAGCGCAUCGUGGCGCACCCCGGCCUCAGCGAGAACGUGUUCGAGAUCGCCAGCAAGUCGCUCAAGUAAAUACUUGCAAAAUGCAAGGCAUUGCGAACUGCAAAACCGCGUUUGAUUGCGCGCGUUGAUUCCCGGAAGGCCGGAAGGCUAAGUCGGAAGGCAGCCGGAUCGCAUGCGUGGCGUGCAUGAAAGCAUGCGCAUAUGUGUAGCUUGUGGGUGCGAUGCGGAAUGACGGACGAGACGGUGACGAAAUGAGGGAGCUGCAGGAGGUGGGGAGGCGGGGGCCGGACGAGAGCAGGAGAGGCACAAUCGCUGGGCGGCGGAGGCGCGCGCGUGUGUGCGGCUGUGCGUGCGCGGGUGCGGGAGUGCGCGCGGCAAGCGCUAUGAGAGCCGGACGCGGGCCUGAAAACCAACAGGAGCACACCAGACCUGCGAUGCGGGGCGCCCAAGUGUGGACCCAAGUGACUGACUAAUUUGACUGAGAGAGCGAGGGUGAUUGAGUGGGGGACGGGCUGUGACACUGACAUGUGGGUCGGGCAGGUGGGAAAUUUCAGGGGAAGUACGACGUCGGGAGUGCCGCUGGCUGCGCUGCGGGAGGUCUUGUGUGCUGGGGCGCGUGUGCGGCCUCACUGUAAGUCAUUCAUCUGCCCAUGCAAACAGAGUAUGAGAUUUUAUGC